CGACCUUGGAAGCAUUAGGCACAGGAGCUCCUCCCGCCGCCAGCCACAUCGCAGCACCCGGGACUCGAUUGCUUGUCCCCAGAUCUCCGCUCCAGACGACAUUUUUCGAACGCAUACCGUCCCGCAAAAUGGCCGACCCCCUAGACAGCGCGCUCGACCUCCUUCGGCGCCUUAAUCCCAAGGACGUCAAGCAGAACGUUGAGCGAAUUAUUAGCCUGAACCCCUCGCUCGAAGAGGACCUGCUCGAAUCCGUUGAUGUCCCGCUUACCGCGAAGAAGUGCUCUAAAACAAAGCGCGACUUCCUGUGCUGCGACUACAACCGCGACGGUGAUAGCUGGCGGAGUCCGUGGAGCAACGAGUUCGAGCCGCCGAUUGAGGAUGGCGUGGCACCGAGUGAGAGGAUCAGGAAGAUGGAGAUCAAGGCCAAUGAGGCGUUUGACGUGUACCGAGAGCUGUACUUCGAGGGCGGUAUAUCGAGUGUCUACCUCUGGGACGUGGAUGAAGGCUUUGCUGGCUGUGUGCUACUAAAAAAGACCGUCAACCCCACAAACCGCAGCUGUGGCAGCUGGGACAGCAUCCACGUUUUUGAUGCGCAGGACCGCGCCCGUACCGCCCACUACAAGUUGACCUCGACCGUCAUCCUCUCCCUCGGCACCGACUCCGAAGCGCUCGGUGGUCUGGACCUGUCUGGUAACAUGGUUCGCCAGGUGGAGGCUGAUAUGGCUGUUGAGGACGACACAUCACACGUUGCGAACAUUGGCAAGAUGGUCGAGGAUAUGGAGCUGAAGAUGCGCAACUUGCUGCAAGAGGUGUAUUUUGGCAAGGCGAAGGACGUUGUUGGUGACCUGAGGAGCAUCCCGCCACUAAGCCAGACGAACAAGGACAGGGCGACACAGAGAGAGAUGAUCAGCAGCAUGGGCAGGUAGUCUUCUCACGCUGACGGGAUAGAAAACAAUGAAAGUAAGCAAUAAACGCUGACGCUGAAGAUCAAUGACUGAAUUUGCGUCCGAUAUUCCUCAUCACCGAAGCACAGUCUUUAACGGACCAAGUCGCAUCGUCGCAGUCGUUUUAGCCAGUCAAGCGCUCAUGUGCGCUCAGAAGCAUAGUCGUCUUCAAAAAAAAGUCACCAGGUAUCACGUGCUACCUCAGUAGUAGUAAC